AUGACCGAGCACUUUGGCCCGCUGGUCCGCCUCUGGGGCAUCCAGCCCUCCCUGCUCCCGAGCACCACAGCUUCCUCCUCGGAGCUCAUGCCGUUCCUCACUUCGAUCAUCAAUGAGGCGGUGCCCUUUAUCGGCGACGUAGCGUCCGCCAAGCAAAACCCAUACACUUCAUCGUGGACGUCCAAGGGCCACAGGACAUUUGGCGCGGCGGCCUCGCCCGUCUACCUGUACUCUCGGGAUGUCUCCACCGCCGCGCUGAAGGCCAUUGCGCGGGAGUACCACAUCCCCGAGCUCGAGUUGGCUUUCGACCAGGGCAAGAUACACCCGGAGAGCUGGUUCCUGCGGAGGAGCGUGCACGAGAACGCGGCGAAGCGCGGCACGGCCCGGUGGGAAGAAUGGGUCAAGUGCUUCAAGGUCGCGCACGCCGAGGCGGAGAAGGAGUUCACGCCCACCGUCGUGGGCACGCGCGUGAUCCAGGAGUGGGACUGCCAGGGGGUGCAGGUCGAGCGCGACGGCGACAUUUGGGGCGACUGGACGCUGAAGAUGGAGGAGUCGACGCACAAGCUCCCGUCGCCGCUGGCGAAGCGCGUGUUCCCCGUGCUGCAGGCGACGACGUCCCUCGUGGGCGGGGACCACCGGGAGUUCAUGGUGGUCCAGAUCAACGCGGGCGACGUCGUGGAUCAGGUCGACGUCAGCCGCCCGUACAAGGCGGACGGCGCGGCCGUGCGGGCCAAGUACACGAGCAUCGAGCGGGUGCGGGAGACGGGUGAGGGGAUCGAAUGGGUCAUGGGCACGGCGUCGGAUGCCGAGGGCUUCCUGCCCGUAUGGCUGCAGAAGAUGGCGAUGCCAAAGGAGGUGGCCAAGGACGUGGACAUGUUCCUCUCGUGGAUUGAUACCCAGCGAAACGGCACAACCGAGCCUCCGCGAGAUCUCAACCUCGUCGCGCGUGCCGACGCACUGGCCAAGCUCACUCUCGAGCUCAACAUCCGCCGCCUUGCUCUUCAGAAUGCCGACAUCCUCACACACGUCCGCCUGCUCAUCGACGCCACGGCCGACAACACAGCGUUCCGCGACAAGUUUGAGAACCGCAUGGCCGCCUUGUUCAAGGAGAUCAGCGCCGUGGACGAGCAGGUGAAGAAGCUGGCCACGGGACAGAAGGACAAUGGCGUCACGCUGGAGGACCUGCAGAAGAUGACGGACACGUACGUCAAGGACUUUGAGGGGGAGAUGAGCGCCAUCAGGGUGAUCAUGGAGGACAUGCACGGUCGAGCCGAGUAUCUGCCCUCCAAGGAGACCGUCGAGAAGGAGCUGCGGGAGUUUGGGUACCUGACGCAGCACAACCAGCAACCCGAGCAGGCGCCGUCCCCGACGGGUGCCAACGAGUCUAGGCGUGCGGAGAGGCGGCUGGAGGAGGCGAUUGCGUCGACGAAGCGCUGGAACCACGACCACAAGAACACGGCCCUCAAGGAGCACUUUUUCCUCGCCAAGUACCUCCGUCAGCAGGCGAAGCGGGACAAGCACUUUGCGGUGCAUCUGCAGAAGAUCCUGAGGAAGAGGAUCGAGGGCCGUCUGGGCGCGCGGAGCAAGUCGCAGCCGAGCACCCUCGAGGAGGCGUGCGAGGGCGGUGUCUGGGAGGACGUCAAGGAUACGAUUCAGGAGAUGGCGGGCGAGCAGCGGGGGUGGAUGAUCAGAUACCUGGAGAAGUAUCAGGGCUAA